CUCGCAUCAGUGUGUUCAAAGAGGAGAGAGAGAAACAGAACAAGAGAAGUUUUCGUGAGCGAGGGUUCACCGAGUGCUCUCUCUCUCCUCUUUUUCUCUCACUUAGGGCUCCAAAUCGAUCGCACGCGGAGACUUUUGCCGAUUCCUCGAGCUCGCUUCCCGAUUUCUUGAACCAGAUUGAGAUGGAGGGCGGAGGCAACUUAGAAGCGGCCAUAGAGCAGCUGCUGAACGUGGAGAAGCAAAUGAGAUUGGCCGGGGACGUCGCCGGGACGAAGAAGGCGGUGACGGAGAUUUUGCAGCUGUGCUUCGAGGCGAAGGCCUGGAAGACCCUGAAUGACCAGAUUGUUCUGUUGUCCAAGCGGCGCGGUCAGCUUAAGCAGGCUGUGACAGCAAUGGUGCAGCAGGCUAUGCAAUAUAUUGACCAGACACCUGAUCUUGAGACCAAGAUAGAGCUUAUUAAGACACUUAACUCUGUCGCUGCUGGGAAGAUAUACGUCGAAAUUGAGAGAGCUCGAUUGAUCAAGAAACUUGCCAAAAUAAAGGAAGAACAGGGUCUUAUAGCAGAAGCUGCUGAUUUGAUGCAAGAAAUUGCGGUAGAAACUUUUGGAGCAAUGGCAAAGACGGAGAAAAUUGCUUUUAUCCUUGAACAAGUUCGUUUAUGCUUAGAUCGCCAGGAUUAUGUCCGUGCACAGAUCCUUUCCAGGAAGAUCAGCCCGCGAGUGUUUGAUGCAGAUCCUUCCAAAGACAAGAAAAAGCCUAAAGAAGGUGAAAAUAUGGUGGAAGAAGCGCCCGCUGAUAUUCCAUCGCUUCUGGAGUUGAAACGGAUAUACUACGAACUCAUGAUACGGUAUUACUCACAUAACAAUGAUUACCUCGAGAUUUGUCGAUGCUAUAAGGCGAUCUAUGAUAUUCCAUCAGUGAAGGGAAACCCUGAGCAGUGGAUACCGGUUCUAAGGAAAAUUUGCUGGUACUUAGUUCUGUCACCACAUGAUCCAAUGCAGUCAAGCCUUCUCAAUGCCACUUUAGAAGAUAAAAAUCUCUCUGAAAUUCCCCAAUUCAGGUUGCUACUGAAACAAUUGGUCACAAUGGAGGUUAUCCAAUGGACUGCUCUUUGGAGUACUUUCAAAGAUGAAUUUGAGAAUGAGAAAAGCAUGCUUGGAGGCGCACUUGUUGAGAAGGCAGCAGAAGAUCUUCGGCAGAGAAUCAUCGAACAUAAUAUUAUUGUCGUUUCGAAAUAUUACUCGAGGAUUACCUUGCAGAGACUCGCAGAGCUUCUAUGCCUAAGCAUCCAGGAAGCUGAGAAGCAUCUCUCGGAAAUGGUUGUUUCCAAGUCACUGGUGGCUAAGAUAGACCGGCCUGUGGGAGUUGUCUGUUUCCAGAUGACAAAGGACAGUAAUGACAUCUUGAACUCGUGGGCAUCAAAUUUGGAGAAGCUCCUCGAUCUUGUCGAGAAAAGCUGCCACCAAAUCCACAAGGAAACCAUGGUUCACAAGGCUGCUUUGAGAGCUUGAAGAUGUCUUAGUGGAACGAAUGAUCUCUCUCCCUUGAGCCUCCCUCUCUCUCUCGCCAAGAGAGAGAAGUUGAAGAAUGCUGUUUCACAUUGUGCUCUGAAGUGGGGACUGAAGAUAUUUCAUCAUAUAACUCUCGUGUAGCUGGCUUAAAUUUGAUUGCAUAUUUUGCAGGUGGACCAGAUCUGGGCCUUGUUUUGGACAGAAAUGAUAUACUGAAUACACAUUCUUCGUAGGAAUGUAUUGUGGUCUUUUCAUCUUUCCUCUUUACCCCCUCAUUUUUUUUUAGAAGAUUUGUGGGCUCAUAACUUGUACCAAUGGAACAGGUAUCAGCACAAGAUGUGCACUCACUAGAGCUGACAUGAGCGCUUUUUUACCAAAUUCUGUUUCGCAUUACAAA